GGGCUUCCUACAAUGGACAUAUAAAUACUGUGAAAAUCCUCUUAGAAAACAGAGCCGAUGUUAAUUUAUGUGAUAAUGAUGGAUGGAGUCCACUUCUACUGGCUUGCUGCAAUGGACAUAUGAACAUUGUACAAAUCCUCUUAGAAAACAAAGCUGAUGUUAAUUUAUGUGAUAAUGAUGGUCAGAGUCCACUUUUUAGGGCUAUCGACAAGGGUGAUUUAAACGUUGUAGAAACACUCUUACAGAACAAGGCUGAUGUAAAUAUGUGUGAUAAAGAUUGUUUUAGUGCCCUUCACAUAGCUGCAGAGAAAGGCCAUGAAGAAAUUUUAAGUACUCUACUGAAUUUAAAGCCAGUUUUGGGUUUUCAGUCAAUCCAUGAUGGCUCAACUGCCCUCCAUCUUGCAGUGGACAAUUCACAUGAAAAGGUUGUAGAACUUCUGCUGCAGCAUAAUGCUGCUAUUGACACUGGAGAUAAGCAGCAUAGAACUGCAUUGCACAGAGCUUGUCUUAUUGGCAAUCAGAACAUCAUCAAUAUUCUGAUGCAGUUUAAUGCCGAUGCCACACAAAGGGAUAUUUUCAAUGAAACGCCAAUAGAUUUGGCAAGAAGGGGGAAAUUGAUUAAUAUUGAACGAUCCCUUAUUGAGUACGUGAAAGAAAAGAAGUCUCUCACUGGCUCAAUCUAUCGAAAGGGAAAUGCAUCCAAGAAAUGUAUAAUAAUGUGAAUACUUUUAUUCUUUUGGGUUUCCACGCACAACUUCUUCUACUAAGAAUGAGAAAUGAAGUCAUCUUUAUUAUUUU